AUGGCCUUCAUGUCCCGGUUCUCCCGGUCCCGGAGCAGCUCCAGGUCCCCGAACCGCAAAGACCCGGAGCGUGUGUCCCCGACGCCGACUGUGUCCGAGCUGGAGCGGCUCCUGUGCACCGGCAAGACAGCCUGCAACCACGGGGACGAAGUGUGGCCGAGGCUCUACAUCGGAGACCAAGACAUCGCGUCGGACAGACGUGAGCUGGCCAAACUGGGCAUCACUCACAUCCUGAACUGCGCUCAGAGUAAGUGGCGCAGCGGAGCGGAGUACUACGCCGGGAUGAACGUCACCUACCACGGCAUCGAGGCUCACGACUCGCCGACCUUUGACAUGAGCGUCAACUUCUAUCCGGCUGCUGAGUUCAUCCACAAAGCCCUCACCAGUGGAGGUAAGGUGCUGGUCCACUGCACUGUGGGAGUGAGCCGCUCGGCCACGCUGGUUCUGGCCUACCUGAUGAUCCGACAGAACCUGACGCUGGUGGAGGCCAUCAAAACCGUGAAGGACCACCGAGGCGUCAUCCCUAACCGAGGCUUCCUCCGCCAGCUCAACGGCCUGGACGGCAUCCUGAGAGAGAGCCGUAAGACGUCGCCGCAGAGCUGA